AUUUGUUUGAAAAUAAUAUGCGGAUUAUACGGCUACUGCUCAUUUCAAUCAGUGUGUUCAAAUCGUCGCAACAAGAAAAUAGGCAAUUGACUAAGAAAUUUCUCAAUUCUACACUCACUAUCACCCCUCCUCCUAAUGCCGGAUUGAAUAUCUACCAAGUUCUACAAAAAUACGGAUAUCCUGUUGAAACCCAUUCAGUAACUACGGAGGAUGGCUACAUUCUGAGGAUGCACCGUAUUCCAAGAGGUCGAAACGAGUAUAAAAAUGACAAAUCCAAACCAGCUAUACUUCUCAUUCACGGAAUGCUCAGUGGCUCUGCAGAUUGGCUGCUUCUAGGCCCUGAAAGAUCACUGGGAUACCAACUUGCCGAUGCCGGUUUCGACGUUUGGCUAGGAAAUAAUAGAGGUAACACCUGGUCCAGGAAUCAUGUGCGACUAGAUCCAAAUAUCGAUCUGAAACAGUUCUGGGAUUUCAGCUUCGAAGACUGUGGUCGUUACGACCUCCCAGCGAAAAUAGACUUCAUCAUCGAGAAAACUGGACAGAAGAAAAUUUUUUUCAUUGGUCACUCGCAGGGCACUACCGAGUUUUUUGCAAUGGCCGCUUUGAGGCCGGACUACAACAACAAAAUUGCGUUGAUGACAGCUUUCGCUCCAGUGGCGUACUUGGAAAAUUUGAUUUCGCCCUUGCUAAAAUUAGCUGCACGACAUUUGAACAUAUUGACGGCGCUUGUUAAGUAUUUGAACAUUCACGAAGUGUUGGGACAUUCAAAGCUAAUCACACAGUUAGUAAUAUUUUGGUGUUCCCAGGGAUCUCCUUAUCAAGAGGUAUGCGCGAACAUUCUGUUCCUGAUGUUUGGAUUCAACCAUGCCGAAAUGGAAAUGAAUCUCAUCCCCGUUCUUGGUUCAAAUUCCCCUGCUGGAGCCUCAAUCAAAAUGAUUAUUCAUUAUGGACAGGGGGUCAACUCAGGGAAAUUCAAGCAAUACGACUAUGGAAGAACUUCAAAUCUCAUCAGAUAUGGUACUCCAGAAGCUCCAGACUUCAAUUUGUCUGCAGUUACUACACCAGUGGCUUUAUAUUACGGAAACAAUGACUUCAUAACUGUAAAACAGGAUAUAGACAGGCUUGCCAGUGAACUACCAAACGUGAUAAAAAGUAAAUUAGUUGAGUGCAGACUGUUCAAUCACCUGGACUUUAUAUUUGCCAAAAAUAUCAAUCAGUGGAUCAAUUAUGAAGUUUUGAGUCAUUUAAAGAAGUACAGUACAGGAGUAUAUGCUGCUGCUGGUUCAACUCUGAGAAGUUCUGGAUCUGAUUACUCAUGAUUAUUAUCAUCUCAUCGUACAAAAAAUAUACUGGUCAAUAAAUAUUGUAGUAUCACAAAUGUUUUCUAAUGUCAUUAACAAAUUGGUAUAUUUUAUCACAUAUUAAAGGUUUGAUAGCGCGUUAAA